AUGGAUCCCAAACGGUCCGGCAGCAUGAGUCAGGAGAACCGAACCCGAGGCCUUCUGGAGCGGAUCGGAGCGCUCCACCCCAAGGACGUGUUCACCUGGCAGCUGGCGAAGACGCUGGUCAUGGGUCAGGGCCUGGCUGUGCUGAUCUGUGGGACGGCCAUCAGCUCUCAGUACCUGGCAGCAGACUUCCAGGUGGACACGCCCAUGCUGCAGAGCUUCCUCAACUACCUGCUGCUGUGCUCCACCUACACCAGCAUGCUGCUCUGCAGGACAGGGGACGGAAACAUUUUACAGAUUCUGAAGAGGAGAGGCUGGAAGUACCUGCUGCUGGGCCUGGUGGACGUGGAGGCCAACUACACCGUGGUGAAGGCCUACCAGUACACCACCAUCACCAGCGUGCAGAUGCUGGACUCCUUCGUGAUCCCCGUGCUGAUGCUGCUGUCCUGGUGGAUUCUAAAGACCCGAUACAGGCCGGUCCACUACCUGGCCGUCUGCGUCUGCCUCCUGGGGGUCGGGACCAUGGUGGGGGCUGACCUGCUGGCCGGGAGAGACCCGGGAUCCAGCUCCAACAUCUUACUGGGGGACGGUUUGGUGCUGCUCAGCGCGACGCUGUACGCCGUGUCCAACGUGAGUCAGGAGUACACGGUGAAGAACCUGAGCAGGGAGGAGUUCCUGGGCAUGGUGGGCCUGUUCGGCGCCAUCAUCAGCUCCGUCCAGAUGGUCGUCCUGGAACGUCAGGAAAUCUCCGCCAUCGUCUGGAGCUGGGAAGUGGGACUCCUGUUCUCCGCCUACGCCUUGUGCAUGUACGGCCUGUACAGCUGCAUGCCCGUCGUCAUCCAGAGGACCAGCGCCACGUCCGUCAACCUGUCCCUGCUGACCGCCGACAUCUUCAGCCUCUUCUGUGGGAUCUUCCUCUUCCAGUACAACUUCUCUGGACUCUACCUGCUCUCUCUCGUGGUCAUCCUCAUCGGCUUCAUCGCCUUCAACGCCGUGCCCACGCCCGCCGCCCCCCCCUCCUCCCCCCCGUCCUCCCCCCCGUCCUCCCUGUGUGAGGAGGGGGGGGCCGGGGACGGACGGGAGGAUGGAGAGCAGGGUGAAAGGGAGCAGAGGGGGAAAGACACCAGACUGACAGAUCUGAGGGUGGUCUCCUGUCCUCCUCUCCCCAGCAGCUCCGCUCCGGGUCCAGGGAGCCACGCCGACCCGGAAGCAGCCGCAGGUCAGAAGCUGACGGCGGACGAAUCACGGAACAGGAACAAGCCCCACGUGACCCUCUGA